AGUCUAGUGGUGCGACGCGCGUUGAUUUUUAUUGUGUCAUUGCGUUUCUAUUCGGAUUGCAUCAUGUCAUCUCAGCGUAGCUUGAGCUCAUCUUCGGAUCCAUUGAAACAUGCUUCUUCGGAGUCAAACAUUGCGGAGAUACAGGAUGAUGCUAGUAUUUCUGUUGCUGAAAACAAUAGUGCGGUACGUUCCAAACGCAGGCUGCGCGACACUGAAGACAUGAUUAUGUCUAACAAGGACUUCAUGGCUGUAUUUACAAAGUGGCAGUCAGCCCAAGAUACCAAAUACUCGAAAUUAUUACAGUCUCUGAAUGAGCUAAAAUCCCAAAAUUCGGAUAUUAAAAAAUCGGUUGAAUUUAUGUCACACAAAUAUGACGAGAUGCUCGGGAGACUUUCAUUUCUAGAAACUGAAAGACAGGAUUAUAAAAAGAGUAUAAACAGGCUAGAAAAUAAAAUAGAAGUUCUAGAGCGAAAUGCACGUAUAACAAGCGUCGAAAUAAGAAAUAUACCCUUGAAACAGAAAGAAACAAAGGAAGCUUUAUCUCAGAUCGCUCUUAACAUUGGUGGUACUUUGAAUGUACCGAUGCAAACAUCGGACAUUAAGAAUAUUUUCAGAGUAAACACAAAAUCCACUACAAAACCGAUAAUAGCCGACUUCACUACUGUUGCUAUGAAGGAUAAAUUUAUUAGCUGUUUUAAGAAAUACAACCAACAAAACACAAAAGAAAAACUGAAUACUGCAAAUAUAAAAAUAGAAGGACCCUCGAAACGUAUUUAUAUUUCGGAAAACUUGACAGAAAAGACCCGUAAACUUUUUUACCAAGCUCGUGAAUUUGCACGUAAUAAUGCAUUUACAUUUUGUUGGACAUCCUUUGGUAAAGUUUACCUACGAAAAUCUGAAGGCUUGCCACAAAUAAUUAUAAACAGCGAACAAGAUUUUGAAAAAAUACCACCACACAAGUGACUAAAUGGAUUCAGUUUUUCUUUGUGUUAUAGAAUAAAGUCGUUAAAACCUAAU